GGUGGCGGGGGGGCGCGGGCGGGGCGCGGGGCCGCGGGGGGCGCCCGUCAGCGCGGCCGGCCCGAGCGCUCCGAGGGAGAGGAGACAGGUCUGCGCGGCGCGGCCGGACCCGCGCCAGCCCUUAGGUGCCAUUGCCCUGUUUGUGAUCUGGGCUCAGACCAGGUGACAGCCGCACUUUGGAGGGCUCCCACGUUCCUUAGGAGUCUUGCUUUCCUGGCAGGUGCUCUUUAGAAUCCAGUGCCUGAAUCUGGACUUGAGGGUUCUGGUCUGUGGUGCUUAGAAGCGCAGGAGAGAAGGACUCAAGUCCAGGCCAACUGUCUGACUGUCUGAGGUGCUGGAACAGAAGGAGGUCCAUUCCUGUUCGGUGACAGCACUGUGGCCCUGUUCUGGGAUGUUCGAGGUUUAAAGGUUUCCCCCAAGAAAGCAGCUGAGUGCUUGCAACUUGCCCAGCACUGAGUCCCUCGGAGCUGAAGGCAUCCUCGCCCCUUCUCAAUGGUCAGUACCCAACUGUACUGAGGUCCUGCAGCCGUGGAGGUGUGAGGAGCUGUGCAUUCAGUUAUAACUGAAAAUGUCUGAUAGUCUGGAUAAUGAAGAGAAGCCCCCAGCUCCUCCACUGAGAAUGAACAGUAACAACCGAGAUUCUUCAGCACUCAACCACAGCUCCAAACCACUUCCCAUGGCCCCUGAAGAGAAGAAUAAGAAAGCCAGGCUUCGCUCUAUCUUCCCAGGAGGAGGGGAUAAAACCAAUAAGAAGAAAGAGAAAGAACGCCCAGAGAUCUCUCUUCCAUCAGACUUUGAGCAUACAAUUCACGUGGGGUUUGAUGCUGUCACCGGGGAAUUCACUCCAGAUCUCUAUGGCUCACAGAUGUGCCCAGGGAAGCUCCCAGAGGGGAUUCCUGAGCAGUGGGCACGAUUACUCCAAACUUCCAACAUAACAAAACUGGAACAGAAGAAGAACCCUCAGGCUGUUCUUGAUGUUCUCAAAUUCUAUGACUCCAAAGAAACUGUCAACAACCAGAAAUACAUGAGCUUUACAUCAGGAGAUAAAAGUGCACAUGGAUACAUAGCAGCCCAUCCUUCGUUCUACAUGUUAUUGUGGAAUAGUACUAAAACAGCGUCAGAGCCUCCCUUGGCUCCUCCUGUGUCUGAGGAAGAAGAUGAAGAAGAGGAGGAAGAAGAAGAUGACAAUGAGCCCCCACCAGUUAUUGCACCAAGACCAGAACAUACAAAAUCAAUCUACACUCGCUCUGUAGUUGAAUCCAUUGCCUCACCAGCAGCACCAAAUAAAGAAGUCACACCACCUUCUGCUGAGAAUGCCAAUUCCAGUACUUUAUAUAGAAACACAGAUCGGCAAAGGAAAAAAUCCAAGAUGACAGAUGAGGAGAUCUUAGAGAAGCUAAGAAGCAUUGUGAGUGUUGGUGACCCAAAGAAAAAAUACACGAGAUUUGAAAAAAUUGGUCAAGGGGCAUCAGGUACUGUUUAUACAGCUCUAGACAUUGCAACAGGACAAGAGGUGGCCAUAAAGCAGAUGAACCUUCAACAGCAACCCAAAAAGGAAUUAAUUAUUAAUGAAAUUCUUGUCAUGAGGGAAAAUAAGAACCCCAAUAUUGUUAAUUAUUUAGAUAGCUACUUAGUGGGCGAUGAACUGUGGGUAGUCAUGGAAUACUUGGCUGGUGGCUCUUUGACUGAUGUGGUAACAGAAACCUGUAUGGAUGAAGGGCAGAUAGCAGCUGUGUGCAGAGAGUGCCUCCAGGCUUUGGAUUUCUUGCAUUCAAACCAAGUGAUCCAUAGAGAUAUAAAAAGUGACAAUAUUCUCCUUGGGAUGGAUGGCUCUGUUAAACUGACUGAUUUUGGGUUCUGUGCCCAGAUAACCCCUGAGCAAAGUAAACGAAGCACCAUGGUUGGAACACCCUAUUGGAUGGCGCCUGAGGUGGUGACUCGGAAGGCCUAUGGUCCGAAGGUUGAUAUCUGGUCUCUGGGCAUUAUGGCAAUUGAAAUGGUGGAAGGUGAACCCCCUUACCUUAAUGAAAAUCCACUCAGGGCAUUAUAUUUGAUUGCCACAAAUGGAACCCCAGAGCUCCAGAAUCCAGAGAGAUUGUCCGCUGUAUUCCGUGACUUUUUAAAUCGCUGUCUUGAGAUGGAUGUGGAUAGGCGAGGGUCUGCCAAGGAACUUUUGCAGCAUUCAUUUUUAAAAUUAGCCAAGCCUCUCUCCAGCCUGACACCCCUCAUUAUUGCUGCAAAGGAAGCUAUCAAGAACAGCAGCCGCUAGAACUGCAAGCCUUACCCCACACCAUCUCCCUCAUCAGUAAGACUGAAAUAAAACUCUGCUGCAGAAAAUAUGGAAGAAAAAAGACAGUCAAAUGGGCUGGAGGUUCUUUAACUUUCAAAUGAAUAGAAACUUCUUAUAAGCCUUUUCCUACUCCCUAGGAUUCUGUAAUUUAUUUGUAAGCCUGAAUGCAGCCCCAAUAGGGCAGCAAUGCUGAAGUGGCUAGAAAGUGGUCACUUUUACCGUGAAGCGAAAGAGCCAGUAGUGAAUCCCCUCAUUUUGUGCAUACACUUUGGAGAAAAAAAUUUCUCAAAGAUGCACACUUCCUCUUCAUAGUGUUGUGUUUGUUUUUAAGUUAGAGUAGUCCCUCUUGCAUUCAAACCUCCUUCAGAUUUCCUUACCCAAUGUGAUGUUUUUCACUUGCAUUGUCAUUAGCUGUUCAGAAAAAAAAAGGUCAAAACAUUUUUUAGAAGGAAGACUAAAUAAAAACAAACAACACACAGGCACACACAUACAACACAGACACACAAUUUUUGUUUGUGUAUGUGCGCCUUCACAUACACAUACACACACACACACCAGAGCAAGUACUGUGUGAACUUGUAGAAGCCCAUGCUCUAAGAGAAUUGCAAAUUUUUAUUCUUCUUCUAAAGUGGUGGCUUGAUUGGUGUACUUGUUUUUCUGCAUUUGUACUGGAAAAAGGUUUCUUUGAAGAUAUCCAAAUGCAGAGAGUAACACGUGUGCUCAGGAAAAGCUUUUAAAAACUGUAUAUAUAAAUAAAACUCAAGUGAUGAAAUCCUGAAAACCAACAUUUUCAUGAUGAUGUUUAAAAGGUAGCUUAUCAUUUAUAUAAAUUAACUUGUUCAUUUUCUGAUACCUGAGAAAAGGAACACAACAAAACUAUAACAUUCCUGUUGGGUGAAUUCAGGUUCCUGAAUCUAGAAAAUUCUUCUGGGAGGAACCACUUCUAAACAAAAUUGGUGAUUUCUCUGUAGCCCUAAAGGAAAACAAGAUAAGUAUGAAAUACUGAAAUCCUUGUUGGGCAGUAUAUAUAAACAUACAUAAAGAUACCUCUGAUCUUCUCAUUGAUGUGGACAUGAGCAAAAAACUGACCUAUUAACCAACAUAUUUAGGAUAAAGAUGAUUUCUUUGGACAACUUAUGACAUUUAAUGAAUUAUCAAAAUAUGAUAAGCAGAGCAGAGGGCUCAAGGUCUGGAAUAUGAUGCCUUUGAUGCAGUAACCCCAGGUUCAGUCACUAACAUCACAUGAUUCCCCAACCACACCUACAAGCACUGCUGAUCUGGGAAUAGCCACUGAGCACUACUCAGUAUGACACAAAAGCAGAAUAAAUGAAAAUAUCUGGAACAAAGGAAUACUAUAGUAUUAAGCUCUGUAUGAAAUGGGCAAUCUGUGAAAACUAUGUUAUGAUCAACAUUUGACUCUAAGUUCAUGUUUGUACUUUCCCUCUGUAUCACCAAACAUGUUUUAGGAUAUAGUAUAUUCAUACUUCCUUUUCUGAACUUUUAAUUUCAAAACUAUGUUUAUAAAAAUCUUUAAAUUCCUCAGUGAUAAUAGUAAUUUGGGUUUGCAAUCAUAUAUUCCAAGAAAUAUCAGUACAACUGAAUUCCUUCAGUGGUUUGUGGUUAUUUCACCAUAUAUAUAUUUAUUACAAAUCCAACAGUUGGCACUUCCUGAGUCUUCUGAGAGUAGAAAAAAUAUUUGGAGGAUGUCUAUGUAGAAAGGUUAUGCUUCUCUUUCGAGUGUGUUGUCAGUUGUAUAAAUUCUAAAAAGUUGUUCCUCUAAACUUUCUAAAUGCUAAUAAUUUUUGCUAUAGAGGGCUUCUUGAUGGUACUUUAUAAAAAUCUGAAUAGAACAUAUCUACAUUCAACAAGAGGGAGAAAGUUUAAUGACAUGGUACACUUUCCUUUUCUGUUGAGAUAUACUUUCCAUGAAUAAUUCAUUUACUCCUUAAUAUGAAAGCACUUUCUUUAGAGCAUUUCUGCUAAACAUAUGACACAUGUUUAUGUUAAGGAGAUGACACUUUUGGUGGAUUUCCUGUUUUAUUAUUGUUUUCUUGAAAUAUAAAAUGUGUGAGGGGUUUGAUCCCUCCCCCAAAAAAAUUUUGUAGUGGAUAAAGUAGCAAAAGUAAAAGAAAAUCCAGUCUGUGGUAAUAUUAAUUUGAAGCAUUCUGUGUUAAAGUUUACAAAAAGUUAACUGGAUCAGAAAUUUUUAAUUCUACUUUGUCCUAAUGUAAAAGAGAUAGAGAUUGAUUUUUAUUUCAUAAGAGUUUUAUUUUUUCUCAUAGUGCCAGGGACUUCAGCUGAAAUACCUGGAAUGCUAAUAGAAUUUGAUAAUUGAUAAUUAUGCCUGACCAGUGGAGAGAUCCCAUAAAUCUGUUUGGGAAGACCUACUGGUCAAUUAGCAUCUUUUAUAUGCCAUGUUUUUGUGGGUCUGAUACUUUAGAAUACUGUAGGCAUAAAAAUAGCUGCUCUUUAUGCUUUUAGUUCAGCAUAUUAACAUGAGGAGCUUGGUACAUCCUCAACACAUUCUUUUUAAUUUAGAUUUUAUGAUGUAAUACACCAUUAGGUUUUUACCCUUACAAAUUUACACAUAUGUAAAAUUUUAAAUGAGAACAGCUUCUAAAGCCCCUUCCCCAUGUUGGAGAACUAUGUAUAUUUCUAAUAAGUAUUAAAGAGAAGCUGUUUCUCCUGCCAAAAUGAUACUAAAAGGUUAACAUUUGGUACAUUUAAGUAACUUCGAUUCCUGAUGAUUAAUAGUUGAUUCUCUUUCACUAGAUUUUAUUUUAGCUCCACCUCAUAUAGGUCAGUCUAUCCAGAUCUUAAAAAUUGCUAGUGUGCCCUGAACAAAUGAAGGGACACAUUAAAUGUUCAUUCCAAAAUGUCACAGGAAGGAAAGGAAUAGGGCAGUGGGAAAGUCAGGGAAGGGUGAGAAGCACAGCAGAGAUUAUUUAUUUAAGAAAGAAAAACAUUAAUGUAGCAAGGAUCUAGUGUGUUGUCCUAAUCCAAUGAGGAUUUUUGGAUGACACAAUCCCCUCAAAUCAGUCACCAUGUUGGGCAAUGACUUUGUUCUUGCUGAUUUUAUCUGUGUCAUUGUAAAUAUUUGUGUGUCCAUGUUCCAUUUUGGCUACUGGAUGGCCAAGUCAAGUAAGAUUUAACUUGAGUAUUCCUUAAUUGUGUUACUCAGAUUUCUUUCAGAUUUGUGAAUUGCACCCCCUCUUGAUGUUUAAGUUUGACCACCUAAUCCCCACAUCUAUCCCUCCCCUGUGAAGCACAUUCCAUUGCUAAAAAAAAGAAAUAUGAAAUUGCUUCUUAUCGGCUGUAUAACCAUUUUGAUAGUUUAAGAUGUUUGUCUAUAAAGGGUUUUUCUCAGCUCAAAGAUUGUGUAAAUAAUUAUAUUCCUUUGCUCAAUGGGUUUUUUAUUUCUAAUGAGGCUGCCAGUUCUCAGAGAGAAUCUAUAAAAUCACUUUUAAAUAACAAACAGGGAUUAAAACUAUGUAAAAAAUAAGUGUGCAUAUGGACAAAGACUGGGAACACAGUUAAUUGAAAUCAGUUGUGUUAGGGUGGUGGGAUUAUGAAAUUUUUCUCUUUUAACAUUUUCUUUGAUAUUGUUAUAAUAUUGCUUUUAUAAUAAACAUCAGAAAGGGAACAAUAAACAAUAGAAAAGAUGUCAGAAGCAGAUGCCUUCUGGCUGGAGCCCAGAGCAUGCAGGGCACAGAUAUUUGCUAGUUACAAUUAUUACAUAAGCUUUAUAGUUGCCUGGGUGCUGAGGUUGGCACACACUCAGGUAAGGUACAUGCUUUUUAAAAAGGACUAUUAUCUAUAAGUUAAGCAAGGGAGAUGCUGCUAUUAGAAUCCCAAGUACAUUCUUCUGCUUUCAAAUGGGCUGUCCUCUGCUUUGGUAUGGCAUCAAGGUUUUUGCUCUUGUUACUUUAAUUUGGAUGGUCUCCAUUUGAUUAGCUCCCUUUAAAACAUUUCAAGUGUCACCUUUCCAGAUUAUUUUAGCACAUUUUCUUGAGGAAAGGAAGAUAAAAUCCCCAGCACUCACUGUUUUCUCAUCUGAGAAGAUUUUAUUCUCAUUCAGACAAAAUUCUUCUUCUUAUGGCCAUUAGGCAAGACUCAUUGGUUUUAUUUCAAUUUUAGUUCCAAGUUAUGAUUUUUUCAGUUAAAAGUUGCUAUAGAAAUAAGACAAAUAUUUCUAAUAUCUAAUUACCUUUGCCAAAUUAGCAUUGGCUUAAGAUAUAGUCUCUAUGUGCUUUGUGUACUAACUGAUUAUAGCUUGUAUGCAGUAGUCGGUUUUAAAAAGAAAGGGAGACUAUUUACCAAGAGAGGGAUUCUUUUCUAAGUCACCAAAGACAUGUUAGGUGGGGACUUUUGUAAUGAAUAGUGGCCUCAGAUGUUACUCCUUUUUACCAAGAGCAGACCCUAUACCUAGAGAACCCACAGGCUUUUCAUUGAUCAUUCUCUAUAUAAAAAAUGCUUUUUAGAGUGUUAAAAAUCCCACAUCCCCUGUUGGAUCUCAUGGUCCUUUUCUGAACUCCUUGCAGUUAAUAUUCAGUUAAACAAUGGCAUGGCUAGUGAUGUAAACUUCUCCCUAUCUCUGAGCCAGAGGACUAAAAUUCAGCAUUUUGUAAAUUGACAGAUUAAUCAUCCUGGGAUUUUGAGUGGAUUUAACAUACAAUUCUGAGCAUAUAUUUGCAUGUGGAUAAGAACCAAAUAAAAGGGACCUUGAAAAUAAUGGAAACAUUUUUCCUAUGAAAGAAUUUUCCUAUGAGAUUUGUUUCUGAUAUAAUCUUUCUUUUGUUUGGAUUUGAUUUUCAACUCAUUUUCUGAUCCCACACUCUUUUAGCUGACCAAAUGGAUAUUUCCCAACUCCUUGUGCAUUGGGAAUGUCUGUUAAAUAUUAAACAAUAUCUAGCUGACUGCAAAUGCGGGGACUGAGAUAUAACCUCCAUAUGCACACCUCUGUGUAAAAGUACACUAAUUAUAAUACAAUGUACAGCAUUUACUGCCACACAAAUGUCAAAUUUCAAGAUAACUUCAGAAGCUGGUACGUGCCAUCAGUCACUGACAGCUGCCAUCUGGUGAAUACUAUAAAAGUUAUCAGUAGGCAAGUUACCAUGCUUAUCUGAUUUAGUACCUAAAAAUAAAUCAGCAAUCAUAGGGAUAAGUCAUGUAGUAGAAGGAAUACUAGCUUAGGAGUUAGAAGGCCUAGGUUCUAAUAUAGAUACUAUUACUAACUUAGAUUUUUACCUUGAGAAGUCACUUAACCUUUUCCUGGCUGCUUCCUAAUCUGUAAAAAUAAAAGUAUUAAACUAGAUCUCCGAAGUCUUCCUAAAAGCCCUAACUUUGUGAUCCAAGAGUUUGCCGUUCAGAUUCAAAAAUAUCACAUGUUUCAGCCUUGGUCAAUAUAAAAUGAUUUUUUGAAAACCUCAAGUAAAAUGAAGUUAAUAAUACUAGGGAAUGUUGAUAAAACUUGUGGCAGCCUUCCAAUUCCUUCAUAAUUGCUUUGGUUUUGUUUAAUGUCCAUUUUUCUGUUGAGUGUUCCCAGUUUUUAUUUUCCAUGCACUUUGUGUUUAAAGUCUGGUUUUCAUUAAGCUGUGGCAAGUAUUUGCUACUAGACCAGAAAUACACUGUCACACUUGGCUAGAAUAAACUAUGUUUGUCCCUCUCUUCUCAUAUGAAGCAUUACAGAACUUCAUAAAGUUUAUUUCAUCAAUGGCACAAGAUGGCAGAACAUAUGCAUUUUCAUAGCUGGGACUAUUAAGAAUGAAUCUAGGCACCUAAACCUUGUUGAGAGAGAAAGAGAGAAACGAAAAAAGUAAUUGCAAGCUAUAAGCAUUAAGGAGUGUUGAUAAAUUUACUUGUUGGGGACAGAAGAUACCAUUUCUGAUGACUACUCUCAUUGUGAUUAAUCAGUUACAUGAAUAUGCUGUUAGAAAGGGUGUAAAUUGGAAGUUAGUGUAUGGUCCCAGUGUCCUGCCUAUAGCAGAGUGUCAACCAGCCCUGAGUACAAAAUUUAAGUUUAGUGUGUGUGCUUGUGUGUGGUAUGCUUUAUGGACCCGCAUAUACUAUAUUCAUUAGUGAUAAGACCUUUAACAGAAUCUGAUAAUCACUAGUGGGUUGAGUUUUAAAUCUCAGUACAUCAGCAGCCAGAAGACACCACCGAUCUUAGGGUGCUGCUGUCUGCUGGGAGUAUACUAAAAUCUUCAGAUAAAACAGAUUGAGGAUCUGCAUUUUCAUUGUUUUUCAGAAUUGUAUCCCAUUGGCUGUGCAUUACUUUUGUUAAAAUGUGUUAUAUGUAAAUCAUGUGUAGUGAAAUUCUUCUGUAACUUUGAAUUGAAGGUAUUUAUGAUUUUUGUUUGAUUUUUAAGUAAGUUAUUUCUUUUGUAGACCUGCUGAUGGCAUGGUUCCAUCCUUCUGACCUCAGCAUUGAUCUUAAGAAUUUUUUCUUUCCAAUAUUGUUAUUUUAAAUUGUGGUUGAAGCAAUAGAAAAUUGAAAUAUGGAUUGUGCAUGACUGUGUCUUGAGUGUAAAAAUAAUGCAGUUCGAACAUGGACCUAAAGUAUUGCAAAUAAAAAUGACAAACAUCAACAAA